AUGAGCGGUAUGAAAUCCUUUGAAGUUUCUGAUCCUGUUGACCACUGUUUGAAAGGGUUUGCUCUCGCAAAUCCAUCAUUGACACUAGUUCCUGGUGAAAAGAUUAUCUUUAGAAAUAUUGAUAAGGGUAAAGUUGGAUUAAUUGCAGGUGGUGGUACUGGUCACGAACCAACGCACGCCGGUUUCGUUGGUAAAGGUGGUCUUUCGGCUGCUGUAUGCGGUGAAAUAUUCGCAUCACCAUCUACCAAGCAAAUCUUAAACGCUAUUCAAUUAGUUGCUCAGAAUGCUAGCGGUGUAUUGUUGAUUGUGAAGAACUACACCGGUGAUGUUCUGCACUUUGGUCUAUCUGCUGAGCGUGCUAGAGCUCUUGGUAUCGAUUGUCGUGUGAUGACAGUGACUGAUGAUGUUGCAGUCGGUAGAGAGAAAGGUGGUAUGGUCGGCAGAAGAGCUCUUGCAGGUACCGUGCUUGUUCACAAAUCUGUAGGUGCCUUUUCUGAAAAGUACUCUGAGAAAUACGGUAUCGAAGGUGCUGAAAAGGUCGCACACAUCGUCAAUGAUCAUCUGGUUUCCAUUAACAGUUCCUUGGAUCAUUGUAAAGUGCCAGGUAGAAAAUUUGAAACUGAAUUGAAUUCUAAACAAAUGGAAUUGGGUAUGGGUAUUCACAACGAGCCUGGUGUCCAUGUCUUGGAACCAAUUCCAAGUACAGAAGAGUUGAUCGAAAAGCAAAUGCUACCCAAGAUGCUAGACCCUAACGAUAAGGACAGACAUUUUGUAGACUUUGGUAAAGAUGAUGAAGUAGUACUUUUGGUUAACAAUUUGGGUGGUGUCUCCAACUUCAUUAUUUCUGCAAUUGCAUCUAUCACGGUAGACCUUUUGAAAAAGCAUUAUGGAAUUGAACCUGUGCAGGUCAUUACUGGUACCGUUAUGACUUCGUUCAACGGUAACGGGUUUGGAUUGACUCUGUUGAAUGCUAGUGGUGCCUCUAAGCAACUCAAAUCACAUUUCUCUGAGAUCAACUCUGUACUAGAUUUGAUCAAUGCACCUACUGACGCACCUGGUUGGCCGGUUACUUCAGUUCCAGGUGACAAGGGCCCAUCUUUCAAUGAAGACCUGUUUACCAACGAGGUUAAAGUUAAGGACGCCGGUGCCUACGACUACGAAAAGUUUGCUGAGUGGAUGAAAGCUGGUGCAAAUGGCGUAAUUGAAGCAGAACCACACAUUACAUCCCUGGACAACAAGGUGGGUGAUGGUGACUGUGGUUACACUUUAGUAGCUGGUGUCAAGGGUAUUACUGACCAAUUACCUAAAUUGUCUCGUAAGUCUUUGUCAGAGGCUACUGCACAGAUUUCGGAUUCCAUCGAAAGUUCCAUGGGUGGUACCUCUGGUGGUCUUUACUCGAUUUUGAUCUCAGGGUUUUCUCAUGGAUUGAUCCAAGCAUGCAACGGUAAGGACACUCAAGUGACACCAGAAUUGGCCGCUAAAGCCUUCGAUAUCGCUUUGGAGACACUUUAUAAAUACACAAAGGCAAGACCAGGUGCAUCUACAAUGAUCGAUGCCCUAGAGCCAUUCAUCAAAGAAUUCUCCGCUUCGAAGGAUUUCGGCAAGGCAGUAGCUGCUGCUGAAAAGGGUGCUAAAGCCACCGCCGGCAAGGAAGCCAAAUUCGGUAGGGCCUCAUACGUUGGAGACUCCUCGAACGUGGAAGACCCAGGUGCUGUGGGUUUGGUUGCCUUCAUGAAGGGCGUCCAAUCCGCAUAUAAAGCUUAA